AUUUAUUGUAUCUAUAUUGCCGUUGUCUAUUGUCGACAUGGAUCAAGACGCUUUCCGGAAACUCUUGUCUACCUCAAAACCAGGCACUUUACAAUCAAGUUCCACAGCGGCUAGAGGUUCGUUACUCCCUCCGAAAGCUAAAGAUGAUCAAAAGAAGCCAACAGAAAGCUCAAAGGCUGCUUUCAAACCACGAAAAAUAAAGAAACAGUCUGGGUUGAAUUAUCGUGACAGGGCAGUGGAGAGACGAACGGGUGCAGCAGGAGACUUUGCGGAGGUUGAAUCGGUGUUAGAGAACUUUGAAAAACAGCAUGCAGACUACGAAGACAGAGAGGCUGUUGAAGAACAACGCCGUUACCUAGGCGGUGACGCAGAACAUACCGUCCUCGUGAAAGGCCUCGACUUUGCACUUCUCGAACAAACUAAAUCUCGCAUGGCCGCAUCCACCUCCGCACAAGACGACGAAGAGCUCGAGGAAGCGUUUCGUGGAGCAAUAUCCGCUUCACCACCUCCCUUAGACCAAACUACGACGACGUCGACGUCGAAUACGAAGAAGAGGACGCGAGAAGAUAUCGUACGCGAAUUGAAGAAUAAAAGAACGAAAGGUGAAGGUGAUGUGAAUGGUGCUGAAUCGUCGACACCGUUAGCGGAUAGAGCACUUGACGAAGCUAAACGAGAGGGGAAGUUCAAGCCUAUUGGAUUUAAACCUAUCGGUGCUACGAAAGAUAAGGAAGGGAAAGAGGUGAAGAAAAAGAAGAAACGAAAGGUCACGGAGAACGGAACUGGCGAUAGCCAACAACGGCCUCCUGGAUCUACUGUUCCUUCCUCAAGCAAGGACGAUGCAAGCACUUCGAAUACGAAACAAGGACCCGACAAACCCGCGUCGGAACCAACACCCGCGCCCGAACCAGAACCAGAGCCAGUGAACGAAGACUUUGACAUCUUCGCUGACGCUGGCGAAUACGAAGGCGUGAACUUUGACGAUGACGACGACGAAGGUAUCGACGACUCUAGCAAACGUGAAGUUCAACCUAGUGAAGCACGCGAAACAAUUGAAUCCACACCAGCCGAAGGCGAGCCUGGACCUCGAAGGAAAUGGUUUGACGACGACGAACCUCCCUCUCCUCCUCCCGAAAGGCUCUUACCAUCACUCAACAAUCAAAAGGGCAAGUCGAAAGAUCCUUCUGGUUCUCCUGAACAUACUACUCCCAGAGGUCAACGCAACGAAAACGAAGAACCACACGAUGAUGAAGAAGCUGAGAGAAUCAGCCGUCUCGCACCACUCACUUCCUCAGCAGUUCCUUCCAUUCGCGAUAUUCUCGCGGCUGACACGGCUCGUGAAGCUGAGGAGAAGCGGAAAGCUCGGAAGGAGAAACGGAAACGCGGUGGAGGUGGAGAUGGUGGAGGUGGAAGUGGUGAAAGCAAGAAAGUAUCUGCUGAGGCAAAGCUUAAUAGGGAUUACCAGAAACUCAAGUCGUAUACGGAGAAGAAAGACAAGUCGUCGUAGUAGAUUAUGUCUUGC